AUGGCGUUCGCCGAUCAACAGGCGAACGUCCGUUUCUUGGAGAGGAUGAGGGAAAGUAUCGAUGGAGUGCUCUCUGAUGGUAGCAUGGCAGACGGUGUGGAACUCGAAGCAUGCUUGGGAAUUAUCCAGCACGCGAAGAGCUUCAAGGACGUGUUGUGCAGCGAAGAUACGGACGUCAUCCUGCCGGGAUACGAGGGCUUGUUGAGGCGACCCAUGCGCGUGGACAGAACAGCAGAAGACCUCCUCAACGGGGGGGAAGGUGCGGACGGUGGGGGCAGGGGGGUACCCGUGAAGGUCCGCGGCAAUGGUGCUUGCUAUUUCAACGCCGUCCCGUUGGGCAUUUUUGGUACAAAGUGCAACACCCCUGACGAAGCGCUGGGGCUGUCUCUGUCGGUGCGUGUAGCAGUCAUCCGUGCGGCCAUAGUACACUUCGAGGAGUUCAUCAGCGGCCCGGAGUACGGUGGCUUCUACUGUACACUUCAAGCGUACUCCGCAAAAGAAGUCAAGGCCGCCUGGAGCCUCGGGUGUGACACUCCUGAGGUAUUGACAGAGAGCGUAUCUCGAGUUCUUUACCUGCUUGCCGUGCGAGAAGUCGCUGGCGAGUUUAGUGACAGCCAACAGGCCGCCAUGCCGUGGACAGCGCAGGCCUUUGGAAUGAAGAUGCGGUGCUUUCAUCCAGGUGGGUCGAUGAAGCAUGUUGAGGGUGGGGCGUCGUUCGCCGGGAAAUGGAGCAAGGAGUUGAUCGGUCCGCUUAAGCCCGCUGGGGUUGAGCCAACCAUCUACCUCACGAUGUGCAUCACGUCCCACAAGCAAGCCUUCAGCAGCAUCCACGAAUUCACGGAGACAACUGUUGGCGGACUCCGCCAAACGCGAUGGAUGCCUGAAUUCAAUCACUGGGUGCUCAUGCUACCGCCGGCAAACGCAAGUGCACUUCAGGUGAGGCAGAAGGCGAAGGGAGCGCCAGAUCGGGCUUUUGUGUUGGAUGUGAAACGAGCAAUUCUUCUGGCGAAGAAAGCCGGGGCUAAUGCAGCGAAGGUGGAGGCUGAGGCAGGCACAGCCGAGUCGACGGCGGUGCCGGCGGAGGUGGACAAGGCAGGUGUGGAAGAGCGAACUCGGUCCCUGUCAGCGACCCUGUUCGUGACGCUGUUUUCGAUGUUGUCGGCAGCGGGGGGCGUGGCGAUAAGGUUGCCGUUGCUAUUGCCGUUGGCGGAAGAGAAUGCGACGAAGGGAAAAUGGGCUGCAAAGACGAAAGGUACGGCGAAGGAGGAAGCUGGCUCGGCGGCGAAGGCUGCGUCGAAGGCGGAAGCAACGGGGCAGGGCGGUUUCGAGGCGAUUGCAGCGUUGACUUUUUUCAUACUCGCUAACGGUUCGGUGUAG